UUUGGGGGACGUGAAUGUGACCUGGACCCGGAUGUUCUAACGGCUCUUCAAUAUGGAGGCGUCCACACGAAGAGAUUUCUGAAGGAGACUUCAUUUGCCACGCGUUUAUCGGUGUAAAUGUUGAGCGUCCUGGAGGUCAAUGUGAUGGAGCGACCAUGAAGUGUGCCCGCUGCCUCCUCCAGCUGUGCCGUCUCAGGCUGGGGGGUCGGUCAGCUCCCCUGGUCCGGUCCCUCCCCAGCAGUCACAGUUGGCUGCUGCAACACACACAGAGCCAGGUGCUGAGGCAGUUUCACGUUAGCCCAUCGUGUCCCAAGACUCGUCCUGUACCUGCAGAGUUUAAUGAGGCCAACAAGCAGAAGGACAAGUCACUGGCCACCUAUGACGACCUGUUUGAGCAGGGGGCCAAAGAGGCAAAAACCAAAGCCACAUUUAAUAAGGUGGUGGAAAUCUUCACCAAGGCAAGCGUGAGACGGAGGGGUCACGUGGAGUUUAUAUACGCUGCCCUGAAGAAGAUGCCAGAGUUCGGUGUGGAGAAAGACAUCACUGUCUACAACAAGCUUCUGGAUGUUUUUCCUAAGGAGAUCUUUGUGCCCAGGAACUUUAUUCAGCGAAUGUUUAACCACUAUCCCCGACAGCAGGAGUGUGGAGUUCAGUUGUUGGAGCAGAUGGAGAACUAUGGUAUCAUGCCCAACAUUGAGACCAAAGUCCUGCUGGUCCAGAUUUUUGGAAAGAAAAGCCACCCGAUAAGGAAAUAUGAGCGGAUGAUGUACUGGUUCCCUAAGUUCAAGAACCUCAACCCCUUCCCCGUCCCCCAGCAGCUGCCAGAAGACCCAGUGGAUCUGGCUCGCUUGAGCUUGACUCGCAUUGCUAGCGAUCUGGACGCUAAAGUUACUGUCUACCAGCUGCCCUGUACAGAUAUUUCUGAAAGUGGCCAGGAGAUAACACUUCCACAUGUAGUAGGUAUUCAGAGCCCAAGUCAGAUGGAGCUGCUGGCCAAGCAUAACCCGAGCAGGCCCGUGUUUGUAGAGGGCCCCUUUCCUCUGUGGCUGAGAAAGACCUGCGUGUCCUAUUACAUCCUGAGAGCUGACCCUGCACCAGCUGAUGAGAAGAAAGAGGAUCCCUAUGAUCCAGACAGGUGUUUGAUUUAUCCUCUGCAGCUAGACCUGGAUUUGGAGUGCGACCUUGGGGACGAUGAGAGCUUUGAUGUGGAAGACUUGGAUGAGGGUCCAGUCUACGCCAUGUGUAUGACCAGUCAGGGAGACCAAGCAACACUCAACCUGUGGAUCUCUGGCCUCCAGAAGAGCAAUGACAUCUUGGGUCAAGUCCCCACUCUGUUUCGUCUGGACGCUGGUCCCCAGGAGCUGCAGUGGGUUGACACAGAUUCAGGCCACCAACAACAGCCUGACUCAGAGACCCAUAAAGAGGCGUCACAGCCUGAGGUUGAAAUUGAAGAAGAGCUGACACGGAGCAGAGGGAUGAAACAAUAGCUUAUGUGAUUUGAAGACUGAUUGACAGUGGCUGUCACAACAAAUGUGAUGUGAUUUUGAGGAAAGUAAACAUUGUAUCACACAAUGUGUUUUCUUCUAAUCUUGUGGUAAAAUAGUAAACUGUAGUAAACUAACCGAU